AUGUGUAGUGUUUGUCAGAUUGAGGAAGAGACCCUUGAACAUGUUCUAUGGAGUUGCAGCUUUGCGAAGAAAGCUUGGAGAUGGAUUUCAGGUAUUUUUAAUAUGAUGCCUCACUAUAAUAUACUUGCUUAUAACAAAGCAGCAAAGGGUAGGAGUAGAAUGUUCAAAGAUUUGUGGCUGGUAGCAAAUUUAGUGGUUCGUUCAAAGUUGUGGUUUACACGAAACAAGAAAGUGUAUGAGAAGAAGAGUCCUUGUUGGUCCGUGUUUCAAAAACGUGUUUUUCACCUAAUGCAUGAAUACUCUGUUCGCAUGAAAGGGUUCAUGCACAACACAGUUGCUGACUUACGUGUAAUGAACUACUUCUGGGUUAACUUCAGAAGGGUUAAGCAGUAUGAUCCAAUUCAGUGUUGUUGGUUUCCUCCAAAUCAAUGGGAGAUGUUAUUAUGCUGUGACAAGGCCUCUAAGAAUAAUCCAGGCGUGGCUGGUGCUGAAGUUGUAGCAAGAGACACUAGUUGUGGUGUUGUAGGAGCUAUGGAAAUUGGGAUGGGCAUUACGUCCAAGUUUUUGGCUGAGGUUUAUGGUAUUGUAGUUGGGCUUGAGUGGGCGGUUCAAUGGGGCUUUCGUAAGAUUCUCAUUAGAUCGGAUUCGUCAAGUGUGAUCAACAUUUUAGAGAAAAACACUUUUUUGUGGUUUGUUCAACAAAGGUGGGAGGAUGUUUGUGCUAGAUAUGACUCUAUUAGAUUUGUGCAUUCGUUUCGUGAAGCAAUUUUUGCUGCUGAUAAAAUGGCUAGAAGAGGUUGUAAUUCAGGAAAUGGUGCGGGCAUGCAUUAUGUAGACCGACCAGAUUUUUUACGCUCUAUUGAGUUACCAAAUGUUGCUUAUUUUCGUUUUAAGUAG